AUGGUACACAGCUACAACACCGAAAGCGCCACCAGUGGCACGUUUCUACCCUUCUACCUUUCUACCGCGAGGGUUCACCCCAAAACCCCGGCUUUUGCACGUGAUCUGAACUCUGCGGGGGCUGAUCUGAACCCCGACACAAUCAAAUUAGCCUUUGCCGCUCAGCCGUUUAGCCGACGGAACGAAGGUCUGCAAUCGUACAAGUUUCACAAUGGCACAGGUACGCUGAGGACCGCAUUCAUUCCAAUUCCCUCUAACCAGUCUACCAAGAGGUCCAGUUUCGUCAAGGUCGUCAGCCGAGCAGCAAUCCAUUGUGCAGCAAACACGAAGUCUACAGGUAACAUGCACAGCAAGACCUAUACGCACAUCGUUGUUGGUGCCGGAUCCGCAGGUUGCGUCGUUGCAGCCCGCAUCGCAGAGAAUAGAGGCUUCGAUGUGCUACUCCUCGAGGCUGGUCUGGAUUGCGAUCCUGAGGCAAGCGAGCCACUUGUGGGCGUACGAGAUUCACGGCGCGUUCCUAUGAGAGGACAAUCCGAAGUCUUCGACCCUGCCCUGGACUGGAACAUUGAUGUCGCUUUGCCGCAUGGCGAGUCCAUGCAAAUACCUCAAGCCAAGGUAGUUGGCGGAGGUAGCAGCAUCAAUGGAGGGACUGCUUUGCGGAGCACAGUAGCCGAUUCGGAAGAAUGGAUCGAGCUGGGCAACGACAGGUGGGACUUCGACAGCGUGUAUCAGGUGUACGAAAGCCUGGAGGACGAUCAACUCCGAGGCACCCACGGCCCACAUCCUAUUGUGCGCGCGUCUAUGACCGAGGCUGGCAAGAUUCAGCGCGCCUUCCUGGACGGAGCUGUAGCAGCAGGUAUGCCCUUGAUACAAGAUUUGAACGCCACGGGAGCAGAAGGAGCAGGCCCGUCGCCAGUGUGCCGGCGAGGCUACCGUCGUAUCAGCGCGGCGAAUACGUUCAUCGAUCCAAUCCGCAACUGGACCAACUUCACAAUCCUGCCAAACUCACAGGUCGACAAGGUCUUCUUUUCAGGACGUAGGGCUUCCGGCGUGCUUCUGGCAAGCGGCCAAGCCUUCCAUGCCUCACAGGAGGUGAUCAUCUGUGCUGGAGCAAUCUUUUCGCCAGCCAUACUGCAACGUUCUGGCAUUGGUCCGUCACGUUUGUUAGAAGCUGUUCAAUUAGGGGUCAUCAGCGACCUACCUGUCGGCACGAACCUGUCCGACCAUCCGUGCAUACCUGUUGUGGCCAGGCCGAGAGCUGGAACGUAUCAAGACGGCGAUUAUUCGUUGCAGAUGCAGACACGCUGGUCCUCCUCUCAACGUCCCGGAGCGAUCGAUCUGCAGAUGGUGUGCUUCAGCUAUCUGUUCGUGCCUCCUUUGGCGGCUCACGGGACACGAAGUCUAGCAGGCACUGCGACCGGCCAUGUUGCCGGCAUUGGAUGCAACGUCAACAAGCCUACUUCCACUGGAUUGGUGGCCAUUCGAUCGAGGAACGCGACCGAAUAUCCUGCCGUUACACCUAACUAUUUGCAGACGGACCACGAUCGUAAGGCUGCAAGGGAGGUCGUGAGACGCGCGUACCGCGUCAUGACAACCCCGGCUAUGCAGAGGGUCCUGGAGGAGCCAUUGACCCUGACACGACGCACAGUCGACGAUGAUGACGCUUUGGAUGGUUGGAUCCUCUCACAGCUCUCAUCCACAUACCACUUCUGUGGUUCAUGCAGAAUGGCGGCGCGUGAUAGAGGCGGAGUCGUGGAUCAAAGUGGUAGGGUGUACGGGGUGCGGGGACUCAGAGUGGCCGAUGCCAGUGUCAUUCCAACAGUGCCGGCGAGCAAUACCAUGUGGACCACAGUGAUAUUCGCAGAGCGCAUCGGCUGUAGCAUUCGGGAUGGAGUGGAUGUAGGAGCUGCAUCUCGCGGUGGCUUGAGUAGAUUAUGA